AUGGGACCCUCGAGAAGGGCCCGUUCUUUCUCUCUGUUCCCUUCCAAUUCCCCUAACUUGCACGCUCCUUUCCUGCACCGGCACUUCGCCUUUCAGCUUCAUUUUUUUUCCCUUUGGGUCGCCGAGCCCAAGUCGACCACGUUGCCAAUUUCGUGCGACCAGGCCACGCUUUUGAUUCCCAUCCUUUUUCCCCCUUCCCCGAUCCUGUUUGCCUCCUCGCUGCGCUCUUUCUGAUGCCGAUUGCCACUUCGCCGUCCGCGCCGCCCCGUCCUGCCACCUUCGUCAAGAUGGAGGACAGGAAGAGACCCGCGUCCGGCGCGGUCGACGACUGCGCUCCGCCCAGCAAGCGGCAGGCUGUUAACGGCAGCAGCAAGUCCAAAGACGACUCUGGCGACAUGAAAGAAGAGGCCUGGAUCGAGGAAUACCAGAAGGGCGCCAUAUACCGGCAGAUGCUCGAGUAUAAGCGGGAGAAGAUCAGCCUCGAGAGCCGCGUGCAGGAACUCGAGAAGAGCUCGACUUAUCACGACGACCACAUCCGCAUAGUUGACGCAUGGGUUCUUCAGUUAUUGCAAGAGAUCGAGUUGCUUGUCGAGGGCGCGGUAUCAUCUCGCAGCCCAGCAGACUUGGUUCCGGGCUCCGCUCUCUCCUUCCAGGACAGCCAAGAUUUCCAGAGGCACCUUGGCGACAAAGGAAACGCUUUCAAGUCGAAAACGGACGCGAUUCUAAGGCGACUCGCUGGCGCGAGAGGCGAGGUCAAGCCUGAAGUAGCGCAACUCGAGUCGCAAGUCCAAGCUUUGCUGGCACAACAAAAAGAGUUUCUCGUCAAGCUCGAUCGACUCGAGGCACAGAAUGCGUCACUAUCGGAGCAGUACGACAAAGCCACCCUCAAAGCGAUCAAGGCGGAGCGUAAGCUGGAUCGAGCAAGGAGCGCCCAAGUCCAGAAGCUGGAACAACAGGCACUAGCUAGCGCCACAGCCCACCCGGCAUCCAAGGACGAAAACGGCGCCGGCACCAGCGCAUCAAACGGCGACACCGAGGCGCUCAAACUGCAGUACCGGGAGGCGAUUGCUGUUGCGGAAAAGCAGAAGCAGCAACUCGAGGCGGCCCUGGCUGAGAACAAGGCCCUUGUCGAGGAGAAUUCCAGCUUCAAGAUCAAGAAGGAGGCCGUAACAGAUGAAGAGUAUGCGCGGACUGAACUCUUCAAGCAGUUCAAGGCGCAGAACGAGGAUCUGAUCAAGCGGAUCAACCAUCUGGAGGCGACUAACAAGCAGCUUCGCGAGGAAGCGGAGAAGCUUCGCGGAGAGAGGACCGAGUGGAAAGCCAAGCUGGAAAUGGAGGCCCAAGCCGUUACCCUGGAACUGGAGGAUCAGAUACAGCAGAAGGACCAAGAUCUCACCCGCAUCCGCUCAGCCCGCGACGAGCUCCUCGCCGAAGUAGCGAUGCGGAAGGCCAGUCAGGAGCAGGAGAAGACGGCACUCACGCACAUGAAGGAGCUGGUGGACGCACAGGUCGACCGCAUUGCCGAACUUGAGUCGGAGCUCGAGAGGCUACGGCCGAGCGAAAAUGCCACCAUGACGGACGCGCGCCCAGAUCUCGAGGCGCUGACUGUCGAAGAACUGCGGCAAAGGUUCGUCAAACUCGAAAAGGACUUCGAGGCCAUCAACAAGGAAUUGCCGCUGCUGGAGAGGUCAUACAAGAAAUCGAUGGGGUUGGCGCACAAGAAGGUCAUGGACUUCCAUGCGCUCGAGGACCGGGUCGCAGCGCUCACGGCGGAGAAGAGCAAGGCGGAUCAAAAAUACUUUGCGGCGCGGAAGGACAUGGAUAUCCGGACGGCUGAGAUCCGCACUCUGCGGGCGCAGAACGCAAAGAGCAGCGAGAUCAUCUCGCAGCUCAAGGACGUCGAGGCGCAGAACCGAGCUCUUAUCAGCAGCCUCGAGAAGCAGAUGGCCGCGUUGAAGCAGGAUAUCGCGACGGCCAUAGCAGAGAGGAAGAGGUUCGAGCAGCUGAGCGUCGAAGCAACGCGCAGGGCGGAUUCGUGCAAGUCGCAGAUUUCCAGCUUGGCCGACCUGGUUAAGGUGAAGGACGCGGCGGUGGCUUCGAUGAAGGAGCAGCUCUCCAAGGUCGAGACGGAGCUGGAGAGAGCCAAGGUGGACGUCAAGGAGAUCACCAAGGAUUGCAACAAGUGGAAGCUCAAGUGCCAGAGCAACUCGUCCGAGGAGGAAGAGGCGCUCAGAAAUUUGGUGAUUUGCUCUGUUUGCCGGAGCAAUUUCAAGAACACGAUCCUAAGGGGCUGCGGCCACGUUUUCUGCAAUAGCUGCGUGGACGAUCGGCUAGCUAACAGGAUGAGGAAGUGCCCGACCUGCAACAAGGCCUUUGAUCGAUCCGACGCAAUGACGGCUCACCUGUAAAUCGGAGAGCUUUCGACAUUUUUUAAAGACUUGAUGAGGUCGACACGAGUUGCAACCCGGAACGCAAGAGGCGCGUGAGCACGUCCAGCCGUCGGGUGGGAGCGAUGACGGCCCGCGCUGCCGCUUGGGCAUCGAGGCCAUUCCGAGGGCGGACAAGAGGGCAGUGCUGAGCGAAGAAUUGGUGACCGGGGUUGUGUACGAGGUAGAGGCUUGUUGGAUCGUCUCCGAAGUGUAAUUGAAGUGGCCUGUGCGACUAGGACCGGCGUUACCUUGU